AUGUUCCCUGUCACAUACAUUGCAGGAGAGACUGUCAUCCAGCAAGGUGAUGAAGGUGAUAACUUCUAUGUUGUUGAUCAAGGAGAAAUGGAUGGGAGUACUUUGAGAAAGAGAAAGAUGUAUGAGGAAUUCCUUAGCAAAGUAUCUAUAUUGGAAUCUCUGGACAAGUGGGAACGCCUGACGGUGGCUGAUGCCUUGGAACCAGUUCAGUUUGAGGAUGGACAAAAGAUUGUGGUCCAGGGAGAGCCAGGAGAUGAGUUCUUCAUUAUCUUGGAGGGCACAGCUGCAGUGCUACAACGUCGGUCAGAAAAUGAGGAAUUUGUUGAAGUGGGCAGAUUGGCACCUUCUGAUUAUUUUGGUGAAAUUGCUCUGCUGAUGAACCGUCCUCGUGCUGCCACAGUUGUUGCUCGUGGCCUCUUGAAGUGUGUGAAGCUGGACCGGCCCCGCUUUGAACGCGUCCUGGGUCCCUGCUCGGAUAUUCUCAAGCGCAACAUUCAGCAGUACAACAGUUUUGUAUCACUGUCUGUCUGAAACCUCCUGCCCUCUCCUAAACAUGCUUCACCAGUGCAGACUGCUUCAUUACCCUUGUGCAGAGCCACAUUACCACUGGCAUUUGCAGCUUCCUGUCUGUUUAAAAAAAAAAAAACAAAGAAAAAGGAAAAAAAAGAAAAAAAUUGCUUAUCACAGCACUGUUUUUUUUUUUAAUUUAGAGCAUAUUAGUUCUGUGCUCUCUGUCCCAUUAAAUCAAUAGAAAAAUGCUCUAUGGAGAUGUUUGCUGUUACAGCUUCUCUCUGUGCAGCAGUGGCCAACUGAGGCAAUGCAGCCUUGCUUCAGCAAGGGAGAGAGCUCCUGGCACCAUGCUAAUUGCCAUGCAGGAGGGAGGUGACAGAAAUGGGGGAGGAAAUUGGGUUGGGUUUUAGUUUUGGUUUUUUUUUUUGAAAGGUGUUUCUCUAGUUGUUGGACAAAUUUUAAGGCUGUGGUCAUCAUCUGCUGUAUUUUCUUCUCAAAUGAGAACUGCCCUUGUAAUUGAGUUUCCUGGGGGUUGGGGUUUUCUUUCUUUAAUUUUCUGGGUACUGUAAUCCUGGGUUCAAUCGUGAGGCAUCAGCUGCUAGGAAAGCCACAGCUGGACUUUAGCAGUGUAAUUGUUCCUGUGUCUGCUGGUUUAAGAUUGCUUAGUUAUGUUUUUGUCAAGUGUAAAUCAAAGCUUUCAAGGUUCAUAGUUCUGGUGAACUACUGAAUUUAUUACUGAAUUUGCUGACUUGCCACAACUGAUUAUUUUUUUUCUCCAUGUUCUUUCUUCCACAAUAGAGAUGCCAUUUAAAAACUCUUCCUGUUCAAAGUGGCAAGAACCAAAUGUUACAGUAAAUGCCUACCUUUGGUCUCUAGCACCUAGAUUGGUGUAAGAAUGGUGCAGCUGUCCAGCUGUUAGGAAUGUUCAGGUAUUUAGAUUGGUGCAGAAACCAGAAAUAGUUAUUUUCCCUGUGAUUCUUGCUCCCUUUGUAAUCCUCAGCUGACUUUAAAUGAUCAUUACUUCAGGUGAACCUUUCCUUUUCUAGGGAAAAUAAAUGCUGAGUCUUUAUGGCCAGCACCAGUUGCAGGUGGUGAGGUGGCUGGUCUAAAGAGAUGCCAUGAUUUUAGGUAGGGAAUGCAAGGCAGAGAAGUCCCAACUUUCCUGCAACACUCAGUUAUUUUAAGCUGUUGGGUUGUUUUUUGUUGUUUGUUUUUUAAAAUCACUCAACUUAUUCUUUUUAAAAUAGUUUAAAUACAAAAGGUGCAUCUUCUUUCCUUGCUUCUGGAAUUUACAUGAUCCAUCUUUCAUACUCACUCUUUUUUUUUUCCACGUUCAGUAUGUUGCAGAGUCUUUAAUGUGUUGCAGUCUUUACCAGCUUUAUGUUCCAUUAUUCUGUGCACACCAAUACUUCCCAAAAGUUUUUACUGAAUUCCACGGUUCAAUAAUGGUAGGCAAUGCAAUUUUAAAGGUUUCCUUUAAACUGUAAUUUAUAUAAAGUAGUGUAGGUUUGUAUCUGGGAGUGACAGCAAGCAGUUUUGCAUCUGUUGUGCAACUACUUCUGAGGAUGGAGCCCUGAUUUGUGUUUCCUUUCUGAGGUGAUGUGGGUUCAAAUUCAGCCUUUCUCCCAGGCACGUAGCUAAUGAGAGUCUAAUUAAUGCAAAAUAAUACUGAGGGUAUCAAGCCUUUACAAAAGGUUUCAGGGUAUUUCUCAACCUGAAAUCCCAGUAAUGGGAUUUAAACACUUCUGUGGUUCAAGUUCUGUAUUCAGAAGAUAUUAAGUAGAGGAUUUCUGCCAGAGUCCUUAAGAGGUGUAAGCAAAUGCUACCUUCUUUGGCUUUUUUUUUUUUUAAUCUUAAGUUUUGACUCUAUCCAGGUUUAUUCUUCAUAUGUGUUCUUCGUGUUACUUUAAAGCACCAAAAACUGUGUAAAGUAGUUAAAGCUCCACAAAAAAAAAAAUGCACAUUUUUUUUAUAUAAGGCUUUCUAAUCAAGUUUCACUACUGCAUCUUUUUAGCUUGCUGUUUACUCCCUUUUGUAGUUUUGCCUACAGGAUUUUAAGAGAAAUCAGCUAAGUCUGAGUUAAAUAUUAAUCACAGUUAUAGCUUUACCUUUGUGUGCAAUUUCAAUAUGUUUGAAACCACAAUUGGCAUAGUUUUGCCUUAGCUAAUAUUCAGGGCUUUAGAAGUAAUUUUUUGCUAGCCCACCUUUAGCAAACUGAUGAAAUCUAUUGCCCUAGAAAGCUAUAGUCAACCAGAGGACCAUUUUUGUAUUGUUACCUGACUCUAUAAGUCUGAUUUACUGUAUGUGCUAAUAUAUUAUAUUCUAUUCCUUUUGUUAUAGAUUGUCCUAAUGGCAGGUAAAGCAAUAAAAUGAUAUCAAUUCUUAAAUGCAA